UCUACUUCUUCCCAUACCGUUCUCCUCAUUCAGACGUCUUCACGUCUCGAUUCUCGCACCUGGGGCGACUACGAGAGUGUCACAGACGCACUGGAUGCUAUUUGUAACAUGUUCGAAGAGUUCCUAUCAAAAAAAUCUGCCUGCCCAGUCACCUACGAUUCUCAAGUCUACGAGUUCCUUGAUAAGCUUUCCGAUAUUUCAAUGAUGAUCUUCAACCGUGAAACCGGGCAGUACAUCGGUCGCACUCGUGCGUGGAUCAAGCAGCAAGUUUACGAGAUGAUGCGUGGACGGUGUCAGCAUCCGGAAGGAGGAGAAAAGGUCAUUGUCGGAUAUUGA